CCUUCGGCUUCACGUGGGUUGAUAGUGGAAGAUUGAUUACAUCUCCGGGAUUUGCUGUGGAGGCAAAGCACGCAGGCGGAGUGAGAUUUGCGCUCUUAACAGCUGGAAAAAUACAUUAUUAUCACAUAUUUAAGUCAGUGUCUAAGUACUAUUUAGACAGUUUACGUCCCCCUAAGUAGUCGUGCCAGACUGGGACUUGGGUGUCGUGGAGCUCCUCCGCAGUGUUCCGCGAAUGUGUGGAGGUAGCACGCCGGGGAGUGGGUUGGGUCGCCCGGGUGCCUGGCACACAUCCUCGGCGCUCAGACGCCAAAGGUGAGCGGAAGAAAAAAAAACAAAACAAACACUAAGAAGGUGUAGUGCUUGCGGAGGACGUCGUACGAGUGGAAGGCACCUUGUGUGGAUUUGUCAAGACGAGCUGAGCGGGAUUCGUCUUCCUUUUUCCGGCUGUGGAGGAGCCGUCGUCCAAACAGGAAGAGCGGACAUCGCUGGGGUGGCUCAGCCGGGCAAGGCGCGAUGGCAACCGGUGUGCUCCUCGUCGCCUUCACGCUGCUUGCAGGUGCCGCCGUGGCCCAGAGAGUGGUGACGGUGCAAAGCGGGCCGCUCGUCCGGACCGAGGGCUCCCACGUGACCAUCUGGUGCAACGUGACGGGCUACAAAGACGGUGUGGAGCAGGACUUCGAGUGGUCCAUGUACCUGGCGUCCGCCGCGGACCGGGAGAUCCGCAUCGUGAGCACGGCCCAGCCCAACUACGCCUACGCCGUCUACGCCCAGAGGGUGAACAGCAAAGAUAUCUACGUGGAGAGGCUGAGUCGCGACUCGGCCUUGCUGCACAUCACCAAGGUGCAGGCCAAGGACCAGGGCCUGUUUGAGUGUUACACGCCCAACACGGACGGCCGCUACCUGGGCUCCUACAGUGCACGCACCAACCUCACCGUUAUUGCUGACUCCCUCACAGUAACGGCUCCAGCCCAGACUCUUUCCAAAGUGGAAGGCGACACACUACAACUCACUUGUGAAGUGUCCAGGACCACAAUGCAACACACACACUUGUCCGUUGGUUGGUAUCUGAAAGCCCCGGAUGACACGACAGCCCCGCCACAGGAGCUGCUCACCCUUUCCAAAGACUUUGUUUUACGGUCCGGGGGUCCGUACCGGCAGAGGAUGGCAGCGGGGGACCUCAGGCUGGACAAAACCAGCGCCACAUCCUAUCGACUGACCAUCCACAAGCUGCAGCCGGUGGACCAGGGCCUGCUCUAUUGCCAGGCGGCCGAGUGGAUCCAGGACAGCGAUGGCAGCUGGUUUGCCAUGACCCGCAAGCAGAGCGACAAGACUCAGCUCCGCGUUCAGCCCACUGAUCGUGACUUCAGCAUCCAGGUGAGCACGGAGCGACGGUCCUUCACGGCCGGUGAGCCGCUGGAACUCCGCUGUGCCAUCGAGGCGCAGAACGUCCCCGAGCGCUUCUUCUCGGUGUCGUGGGUCUUCAGCAGCUCACCGGUGGCCGUGGUGGGCCCCGGCGCCGUGCCCGUCCUGGGCCCCGACUACGUGGCCCGCGAAGCCGCCGGCCACAUGACGGUGCGCAAGGAGAGCGUCAACGUGCACCUGCUCAAGCUGCAGCACCUGCGCACCGAAGACGCCGGCAAAUACAUCUGUCGCGUGACGGAGCGGGAAAAGACGCCCACGGGAGACUUUAUCGACCGCAGCAAGAGGUCCCGCAAUGUUCAGAUCACGGUGCAGCCGCUCAAGAGCAACAUCACCGUGUUGUUAUCAAGCAACUCUUCCGAGGUCCUGGAGGGCAACAUGGUGCAAUUGACUUGCGUGGUCCACUCCACUACAGGCCCACUGUCUGUGGUCUGGCAGGUGACUGGCAAGCAGGGAGACGGUCUGGCCCAGGAGCUAGCCUCUUUGGAUCGGGACGGCACCGUGCGGCACAGCGACGCCUACAAAGAGCGCGCCAGCUACGGCGAUAUACGCGUGGAGAGGCUGGGGGCUGACACGUUCAUGCUCUCCGUGUACAACGCCUUGCCUGACGAUGAGGGCUUGUACGUCUGCGCUGUGACGGAGUGGUUUAAAACGGGAACUGAACCGGAGCAUACCUGGGGGAAGAUUGGGGAGAAGUCCGCCACGGAGACUAUCACAGUCAAAACUGUUGAGUCCUCCUUCAUGGUCUCAGCCUCGUCACGGACCCCGUCAGUAACCUUCGGCGACUCCUUCGAGCUCCUGUGCUUGGUCAAACCCCGCCACAACCCUCGCGUCCCCACCUCCGUCACCUGGCGCUUCAUACCGGCCGGCAUGGAGGCGGCCGACGAGGGCGGGUUCAAGGAGCUGGUGACUUUCACCCGAGAAGGCACGCUGAAGUGGGGGGAGCAGCUGCUGGGACUGGGAACCCGUACCACCGUGGACCGCUCUCACUCCAACACCAACUUUUGGCUGUCGGUGACACGGGCGGGACGUCGCGAGGCGGGCAAGUACCAGUGCACCGCUGUCCUGUGGAGGAAGAACUACGACAACAGCUGGAGCAGAGUGGCCAACCGCACUUCCAACCUGCUCGGAAUCAGCGUCCUGCAACCAGAAAGUAACCUGCGAGUGCAAAAGACCAACCAGUCCCUGGUCCACCUGGAGGACAGCCGGGUCAGGAUCAAUUGCUCCAUCAGCUCCCAGACCGCUCAGGACUCCCAGCACGCCGUGCUGUGGUACGUGAGACGAGCCGCAGGGUCGGAGGCCGACGAGCUCCUGCUGAGGAUCGAGCGAUCGGGCGCCCUGGAGUACGGCACGUACGCGGACGAGGAGAGGCUGCGGCGGCGCGUGCAGGCCGAGAGGCUGUCGCCCCGCCUCUACGCUCUGACGCUGAACAGGGCGGAGAGCAGCGACUCUGGCACCUAUUACUGCCUGGUGGAGGAGUGGCUGAGUGACCCAGAUGGAGCCUGGUACCGCCUCUCACGGGACACGUCCGGCUUCACCGAGGUUCUGGUGAGACAGCCAGAGGCGCGGCUGCAGGUGGAGGAGGCGGAGUCUAACGUGACGGUGUCAGAGCGGGGGUCCAUCCGACUGGGCUGCAGCAUCCCCUCCCAGUCCUCCCGAGACUCCCGCUUCUCCGUGUCCUGGUACGUGGAGCGCUCCCAGGACCAGGACCAGGAGCCGCAGCCGGGCCAAGAAGAAGACGACGAAGGAGGCGAGCGCGAGUGCGUCUUCUCCAUCGGACACGACGCCAUUUUCGGCAACGGCAAUUGCAGCCCGCGGGAGGAGGCGGGGCCCAACUCCCGUCUGCAGUUCGAGAGGACGACGUCAGAGCAGUACAGUCUGACCAUCCAGGAGGCUCGGCCCACGGACGCCGGCCGCUACUACUGUCAUGUGGAGGAGUGGCUGCUCAACCCUCGCAAGGCCUGGUACCGCCUGGCCACCAACAACUCCGGCAUCAUCUCUGUCAGCGUGCUGCAGCAAGCAGAGUCCAGCGUGAAAUCGGUGGUUUGCUCCAACGCCGCGCUCUUCUACUUCGUCUUCUUCUACCCCUUCCCCGUCUUCGCCGUCCUGCUCAUCGCCCUGCUGCUGCUGCGCUGCAAGGGCCGCGGCAGCAGCAAGAGCCAAGAGGGCAAGAACGGCGCCCCCCUGCUGUGGAUUAAGGAGCCGCACCUCAGCUACUCGCCCACCUGUUUGGACCCGCCCGCGCUCAGCCUGCACCCGGGUUCUGUGGACUAGGAGGGGGCGUAGGGGCCACGCGUUGGGUCGACACCAGGAGCGCCCGGACUCCACUGCUUCCUGUGUGUGUGUGUUUGUACGAGUGUGUGUGUCUCCUUUUUUUUUUUUUUUUUAGAUUACCCUGAAUAUUGGUCUAUUUUUCAAAAAGGACUACGAAGAGAAGGAACUCAGGCAUUGGUUGGAUGCCCCCCUAAAAAAAAUAAGUCUCCACCGUCCAGUCCAAGAGCACCCACUAUGUUGGUUACCAUGGUGACGCCCCCGCCCCCCCCAAGGAGCCCAUUGACUCCGCGGCCGAUGACUUGGCAGCUUUGCAUAGGAACAAAGAAAAAGGUCCACCUGUUCCCACUAAGAGUUUGGCCCACUGAAGGAGUUCCUGCAGCGCCGCUUCCACACUGCCAGACCCACUCACACGUCUUCUGCCUUUUUUCUUUUACUUUGCCGUCCUCCUCAUUUCCACAAAAGAAAGCGUUAUAGAAAAAAAAAAAAUUAUUGCUGGUGAGUCGACUGAUAUUCAAAUCUCACACAUUUCUUUUCAUGUAUUGCCUUUUUUUUUAUCUUUAAAAGAGAACUUUUUAGGAAGAUAGCUGAGUGGGCCCAGAUCGGUAUCAGUAUCAGUGAUAUCUCACACUUUUAAAUGUUACUGAAUCCACUCCGUGAGCAUCCAAGCAGAACUAAGAAGUGUGUUUGUGUGGAUAUGAAGCAGGAAAAGGUGCUAACAACCAUAGAACAUGAAAUGAUGUGGGAAGUGCUAUUAAGGUCUACACAAGUAGAAUAGUUAGAUAUGGCGUCGUAUUUUUUUGUGUGUGUGACGAGACUCGCAUCCCAGGCGCUCGCUUUUAUUUGGAACACAUUUUUUAUUUACCUUUUUUUUUUAUGCUAUUUUGAGUUUUUCCUGUGCCAAGGCGUGGUUAUUCCCAUGUGUAAAAAUUGGACCUCCUGCUGGGACAGAACGAUGCAAAAGUCACAUGAUCAGUGUCGGGAAGAGACGUGUGUUUGUAGAUACUGUAAAGUAGUGGAGCACACGCGCUAUAGCACGAGUGCUAGUGCGAGCAAGUGUUUGUUUUAAAGAUGAGUUUUUUUUGUUGUUUUUCCUAUUUAUUGUUUUAUACUUCUUGUUUGUUUUUUCUUACGUUGCCUGGCAACAGGCCCGACCGAGCCGAUUGUUGUUGAAUUGAGUGUAAAACAAAAAAAAAAGUACUGUGGCUUCACGUGGAACGUUUGGAAAAGACAUAAAAAAAAAGUUCUGCUUGGUAUUUUUGUGGCACUGCUCCUCCUCCUCAGCAAUUUUUUGUAUUACAUGUAUUUUUUGAUAUAUAUGGAUUUUUAUUUCGAAUCAAAGGCAGAAGAUGUGAAAGAUUUGUUUGACCUGGACUAGAAAGCAGGAGACAGGACAUUGACUAGCAGACUGGACUUCACUGAGGAGAAGAGAAAGACAAGGUCAAGACGUGUUCUGCAUGACAGGAGACAUGUUGGAAGUUUUGUGAAGUUGGAACAGGCUUUGUGACAGGUGCUACUCUUCCUGACACCCUCUGAAGGCCCCACCCCCUCCC